UUAAAAAAUAAAUAAAAAUAAUGCAGUUAUAAUUCAAUUUUAAGUGAGGCUCCACUUAAAAAACUACUCAAUUGAAUAAAUCCCGCACAACUUCCUUCCUUCUUGGAUUACAACAACAUUACAACAAUAAAGAAGCAGAAAAUUCAGGGGGUUCUUUUUUAUGGAACUCAUGCUAUAAAUGCCGUAAUGACAGGAAGGAAGAACAACAAGAACCUUCAAAGAAACUUCCUUAUUUGUUGAAAAAGUCUUUGGUAUUUCUUCAAAUUGUCUGACCCAAUUGAUCCUUUCUUGUUUUCUCCACCUAUCUUCUCUUUUCUUGAUUGUUUGUGACAAGAAUCAUCUUCAAAUUGAAGUGUUUUGUGUUCUCUUUGGUGGGUUUUGAUUGUGUUAACAAGUUGAAGCUUUUGGCUUUGUGUGUGUGCAAAUUUUUUCAAGAUCAUUGAUGCAAUUGGAUAAUAUGAGGUAUUUGGGUGGUAAAGCAUUAGAAAUUUAAUCUUUCUUGGUUAGCCUGUGAUGAGAUUGAAUUCUUGAUUUGCAUGAAUUCCUUAGAGUGGAAAAUGUUAAUGUGCUUAGCGUGAUUUUUCUUGUUGGGGGGGGGGAAAACUGAUAGUGCUGUUUUCAUGAGUUUUCGGCAUUUCUGCCUAUCUUGAUUUGGGCCAUUAUUGCUGGUAUAGUUCUUUGUGUCUGAAUUGUUUCGGGGAAAGAAGUGGGAAAUUUCUGGGUGUUUAAGUAGAUAUCCAUAUUGAAUAUUGUUUAGGUUAUAGAGGGUUGUUCCAUUAUUAGCUGGAUUAAACAAGUUGGCUGACGAAUGAUGGAGCAUAGUCGCGGAGAUCUGAAUGUAGAGGGAGAAGGAGAAAGCGAGGAAAUGGAAAGAGAACCCACCUCACGAGCACAUCUUAGGGACAAUGGUUAUAAUAACUCCCGAUACACUGGUGCUGUGAGGCAAAAAGCUUAUAUCUUCGACGGAGAAGGGAAUUAUUAUGAUAAGGAAUGGGAUUUAACAGAGGGCAGAGGCAAAGAAUUUUGUUGGUACCAUGUUGAGCUUCCAAAGUGGAACCAGAGACUCUCACAAUCUGCACAAUAUCUUAUUGAUGUACUUUGUCCCCCUAUGAAGCUCCAAGACAUUUUGUCACUUGUUAGCAAUGGACCCUUUUGUGGGCAUGUAGAUGGGGCUCUUGUGUUUCGGGUUAAUUCACCUGGCCCUGCAUCCAGCAAAUUUACAUUUAGAAUUUCAGCAAGAAUUACCGAGAAUUCAGUCAUCACCGUGUCAUUAGGCCGUGUUCCAAGAUUGGGUUUCUCCCCGGCAAAUCAGUCCCUUCUCUCAGAGGUUCCCAUUGUGGAAAGUCCGAGUUCUGGAAGUGGAGAAAUGAAGGAAAGGGGUGGGACUGUUAUCAGGGAGCAUGUUCUUGAUUUUCUGUUGAUGAUGAAUCAUUCCGAGGAAGCUGAUAAUCCUGUACCUAAAUCUGUGUCAAAUCUGAUCGUUCACAUCAUAGACACACAUGUGGAUCACCUUCAAGAUAUUGUGACGAAGCUGGAGAUCGAGUUGGACGCAAUGGAGCUGGAAAUUGACAAAGGCAGUUUUGCUUUAAAGAAACAAUUGCUGGAUGAUAGAAGAUUUCCGAAGAUGCAUCUUGACCUGCAGCGCCUCCUCCAGGUGAUUGCACAUGGGGAACAAGUAUUUCCACGAGUCAAGGAGAAAUGUUCAUCAAAAGGUUGGUUUGCCAGUGAUGACAUCAACUCACUUGAAGAGUUAAUUGGUCGGCUGAGAAGAUUGAAAGAGAAUGUUGGAUUUAUUACCAAUCGUGUCACAGCAAUUCAGGCAGGUCUUGACAGUUGGCAGUCUGAGCAGAUAAAUAAAAAGCUUUACUAUCUUUCCUUCCUGUCCAUCAUCUUUCUUCCCUUGUCGGUAGUAACUGGAGUGUUCGGCAUGAAUGUUGGAGGCGUUCCUUGGACCAAUCAAAGAGAACCUGAGCUAAAGGAGGGGUUCCGCAAUGUUAUGUUAUUGUGUGUGGCUCUGCUGCUGCUGGUUCUCCUCUGCUUCCUUUUUCCAGCACUUUAUAGUCAUGUAACGGCUUGGAAGAGAAGGCGAGACAUGAAAAGAAGUUGGUCUCUCAACCGAAGAUCCUUUCUUAGAAGAAGUACAGGCAUUAGGGAAAGAAAUGACAGAGGAGGUUACUUGAGGCUAUACUGAGAUGAUAGUGGUAGGCAAAUCGUAACUGCAGUUCUCUUCUGCUUAUACCUUCGCAUGUUUCUCCAACACGUAUCAAUUUUGGUAAUAUUCUGGCUUGGUACGAUUUCUCCUUCCGCGAGAUGUAUACACACACUUCAAGGUAGUCCUUAUUGUUCGAUGAAGACACAAUUUCCCACACAAUUAUAGUGCCACUUUGAUAGGCGAUGGAUGGAAUAGCUAGUUGAAGAAGAGCCAAUGUUUUGCCAAUUCUUUUGUUUGUUUUACCAACUCUUGUGCUUGUAUAGGGAAUUCUUUUGUUCCAAUUGUUCCAGCAGUUCUGCAAUUGCUGCUUUUACAAUGUGGCAGUUCUUUCUUUUUUCCGUUUCCCUUUUUGUUCUACUUUUCAUUGAUUAAUGUGAUAGUUCAUCCUUUUACAAUGUUA